GCAAUUUAUUUUAACUGUAGCCAUUUUAAACAAAAUAACUGCAUUACUGCAUUUGACCAACAUCUCAGGGAUGUGAAUUUUUGUGGAAAAAAAUUGGGUGCUUUAGAAGAAUUGGAAUUGAAUUGAUUUUUCAGACACCGUCAUUGUAAAACCAGGUAUUUUUGGAGUGGAUACAAAAAUCGAUUUUUGGGAGAUCGAUCACUGUAUCUGUAUGGAAAGAAUAAAUGGCUAAAUUAUAUGUUUUAAUGACACAAUUUGGUGUUUGUUUUAGUUCUAAGGAGGGAAAAUAUGGUGAAGGAAAGGAUUUACAAUUGGAUGGUGGGGGCCAGGAAUAGCAGGAAGUUUGGUGUUGGGGAAUAUCACAAAAUAAAAGCUGAAAGCUCACAGGAUUUAAAAAAAACACACUUUUGUGUCUUUAAAUGUUUUUGUUUGUAUUUCCUUAUUGUAUUUCUACUUGACAAUACAGAAUGAAUAACGUUGAACAAAAAGGACACUUUUUAAUCUUGUUUUCAUCAGGAUGACACAAAGAAUGUCAAAUUUCAAGGCACUAUAAUUUAUGCUGUGUGAUAGACAGGGUGGCUGAUUACUGGCCAAUCAAAAUGCAUUUGCCAACAAUGAAUCAGAGAAUACCUAUUCCUCAAACGUUUGCUUGAAUUCGGUGAAAGGCAAGUUGGACUGGUCAAAAUGGGAAAUGUAACAGGGUCCCCCAUGCUUUUAAUUGUUUGAAAACAUGCAAUGCCUGGACAUUGCUAUUCUGUUUGCAGAGGUCAAGACUCUGCAUAUGAAAGCUUGUGGCUUCUUGCAAGGUGUGAUUGAGCCACUUCGUGAGCCCAAUUGAUAAUCAUUCAUUGGUAGAUUGAACAGAACAGAAUUAGCUUUAUUGUCACGUACUCGAGUGAGUACGGUGAAUGGUUUACAAGUUGCCACUUAUGGUACUAUCUUACCUACAAAGGUAGCCAGGUGCAGAUUCUUAGGGGAAAAAAAAUAGAAAAAUAAAGAGAGAAUAAAUUCAGAAUAACAGUCCUUCCAUGCAAUAGUUAUCCUCUAGUCCACGCUGGACCUGGACUCCAGACCACGCCAGGCUCCACCUCAAGGCUUGAGGAUCAUCUGAAAAUUAAAUCUCAAGGUCCGACAUUAAAGACUGACAAGCCCGCAAUACCCACAUCUCACAAAGCUCUGAGAAACAUAAUCGUAUUUGAUUAGCCUCCGGCUGUGACAGUUCCUCAUCGGUUCGCUGUUUGUCUCAACCAUACAGAUGUAAAAGUAAAACUAAAAGAGGAAUAUGGGGUUUGGCCAUCUAUCACGUGCUGCCACCAGCUGAGACAAAACUAAACACUGCUCAACCAGCAAGGGGAGCAUGUACAAGAGGAAUGGCCUGAUGGCCAAUUUGAGAGUCACGUCUGCCACACCAGAGGGCAGUAGUAGUUCAGACUCUCUCGAUGGACCCUAUGCAGACUAUGCUAUGAAAAGCUAUGAUGCAGUUGUGUUUGACGUACUUAAAGUAACACCUGAGGAGUUUGCGAGUCAAAUCACUUUAAUGGACGUCCCGGUUUUCAAAGCGAUACAACCAGAGGAGCUGACUAGCUGUGGAUGGAAUAAAAAAGACAAACAUAUCCUGGCACCAAAUAUUGUUGCCUUUACAAGACGGUUUAAUCAGGUCAGUUUCUGGAUUGUUCGAGAGAUCCUCACUGCUCAGACUUUGAAAAUAAGAGCAGAAACACUGAGCCAUUUUAUAAAGCUAGCUAAGAAAUUGCUCGAAUUAAACAACCUUCACUCUCUCAUGGCUGUGGUCUCAGGUCUUCAAAGUGCACCAAUAUUCAGGCUCUCAAAAACCUGGGCACUAGUCAGUCGAAAAGACAAAGCUACGUUUGAGAAGCUGGACUAUUUAGUAACUAAAGAAGACAACUACAAGAGAAUGCGUGAAUUCAUCAGCAGCUUGAGGAUGGUUCCCUGCAUCCCUUACUUGGGAAUUUACUUGUUGGACUUGAUCUACAUUGACUCAGCCUAUCCAGCAUCUGACAGUAUCAUUGAAAAUGAACAGAGGUCAAAUCAGAUGAACAACAUUUUGAGGAUCAUUUCAGAUUUACAAGUUUCUUUCAAUUGUGACUAUCUAGUAACGUUGCCCCAUGUGCAGAAGUACCUGAAGUCUGUUCGAUAUAUUGAGGAGCUGCAAAAGUUUGUUGAAGAGGACAAUUACAAAUUAUCUUUGAAGAUAGAACCAGGGAACAGUUCACCCCGUCUGGUCUCCUCCAGAGAGGACCUGGCAGGUCCCUCUGAGGUUUCCGCCUCAGUGAGGUACAGUCGAAGACCAACCUGUCCUGAUGCCUCGGUAAUGGGCAGCCUGAACACUCCCCCGGUGCCCAGACACAGGAAGAGCCACAGCCUGGGAAACAAUGUGAUGUGCCAGUUUAGCGUCGUUGAAAGUAAAAGUGCAACAUUCCCAACAGAGCGACCACGACACUUGCUGGACGACAGUGUUCUGGAAAGUCACAGUCCUGCCAAGAAUCAGGAAAGUUCCAUCUUUUCCAACGGAGUUUCAAUUGGAAGCAGCGAGAGCUCUGAGUUCAGUGAGGAAUUGUCCUCGGGGUUGGAGAGGAAUCGGUUGUAUGCAACACUAGGUCCCAACUGGCGGGUUUCAGUAAAGAAUUCUCCAAGGAGCCGAUGCAGUAUUAACAGCCCAACAGAUGCAUGCAGUUGCCCUUUAAGUGGAGCAGCCGGAGCCAUCACAAUGGAAGGACUGCUGAGACGGAAAACUUUACUGAAGGAAGGCAAGAAGCCAGCGAUGUCAUCCUGGACUCGCUACUGGCUCAUACUCUCUGGAUCACUCUUGCUGUAUUACUCUGCAAAGUCACUGAGAGCCUCUGAGAGAAAGCAUUUCAAAUCAUCCCCAAGUAAGAAGGUGUCUAUAGCAGGUUGGAUGGUCGUUCUACCUGAUGACCCAGAGCACCCAGACAUAUUUCAGUUAAGCGAUCCUGAUAAAGGUAAUGUUUACAAGUUCCAGACCAGCUCCAGGUUUCAUGCAAUAUUGUGGCACAAGCACUUGGACGAUGCAUGCAAAAGCAAUAGGCCUCAGAUACCUACCAACCUUAUGUCAUUUGAGUGAACAUUUGAAUCCAGUACAUGUGAUGUGAUCAAAGUGCCAACCCAAGCAAUGGGAAAUAAAACUAUUGAAUGGAUUUUUUUUUUAAAAAAGUGAAGGAAAAACAACUCUUAUGAGGAGAAAUUUGUGCAUCAACUGCCAGCGUUGAAUACUGAAGCACUUUUUUUUUAAGCUUACGAUGUGACCCUAAAACGAUUUUAGUAUGUCUUGAAAGAGGAAGUGAACGACUGCUCCUAAUUUAUGGUAUCAGCCGCAGACAUUAGACACAGUUUUAGCAUUGGCGAAACUACAAACUGACAAUACCACAACAAGCAUAGUUGUCGACCAUGGAACUGUGCAUAAUAACUGCUGCCUAUUUCUUUUUUAAAUGUUUGUUUUUAUUCUUAAGCUGCUUUAUUGUAAUGGAACAAAUUUUAGCCCAUGUUGGGUAUUAUCUUUCUUAUGCACAAAAUGUACUACUGACAGUGUUAACAGGCUGCAUUGAGUGGCAUUUAGAAUAGCAAAUCAGUGAACAGAGUUUUUUUUAAUGAAGUGCACUGAAUUGUUUGGGGCACAGGGGUUGCCUCAAAGUUGUCCGUGGCGGUGACAGUAAUCCCAUUGUUCCAGCGACCUUCAGCUGGUGGAGUUUGAAUCUAUUGCGACAUUUGAGCGAACCUAACAGUUUGUGCCCAUCCCAAACCAAUUUAUUUUUAUCUCUUUCCUUUGCUCCCUCCCCCACCCCCUCCAACAAAAAAACUGUCCCAGCUAAAUGUUCUCAUCAGCACUGCCACCCACUUUGACCCAUGACAGGCAGUAUUUUCACUUUGAGAAUGUGGGAUGUUUAUUCUGCUCCGAGGUCUUUAGUAGAGGAACUCGGAGCAGUGCAGUGUGCAGAGGUGGAUUCUGUACAUACAGCACAGCCAGGUUAAGAAACCAUUACGCACCAAUCAGUAAUGACUGCUUUAUUGUGCCAGAUGUGUCCUUGACACCAUCACAUUAUUGCCAGUUAUAAUGUGGUUUACAAAUCAAAUGAAACGUGUUUGGAAAAUGUUUGUGUACUUUGCUAUGCUAUUUGAUUCUAGCAAAGCUUUGUGAAAGUCUUCAGUUUUCUAAAGUAUUUAAUGACUUUUGCAUAACUGUUGCAAUAAGUAUGUAAUGUAUGACAACCCUUAUUGUGGAUUAUUUAAAGGGUUGAAUAUAGUGGUUAAUGUACAGCAAAAGCAAGGUUCACUUAAAUUCAUAAUCAAAAAUGGAACUAGAGAUUAUUUUCCCCUACAUUAUCUCAACCUUCAAGAUGUGCUAUAACUUUUAAAAUACUUGCUGUCACUGUGUCUUAUUGCUUCCACAUAAAACAUACUGUGUUUUGGCAAUGUUGGGUUAAUUUAUUUUUAUUUUAAUUUGUCUAGCAGCUACUUAGUUAGGUUGGUUCAAAUUUAACCCUUUAUCCUCACAGGCAGGCAACAGAACUUUUGUUAAUAGCAAUGCAGGCUAAUUUUCAGCAUCUCUCUCUGGUGAGAAAUUUAAAAAAAAAAAUUGUUCAGAUUUUCUGUGCCAAAGUCAGCAUGAUUUUUGAUAAAGAAAUAUAAUUAAAAUUCAUACUUGAGCAGUGUAUGGUAUUAAAAUAUGCAGCCAUUUUACUGUUCUGCAAUGGGAGAAGAAAUCCCCUUAAAAAUACAAUUCUGAUUGGGCCACAGUUAAGAAAACAUCUAGUCCCAGUUCAGUUUCUUCCAGGUUAGAAUGCUGGAGUGCAAGUUAUUCUUGAAUUACUGUUAGGGCUUCUGGAUUCAGAGCAGGAAAUAUCACAGGAGCAGUGUAGUCCUCCAUUUAUAGCUGGAAUUUCAAGGUUAUGUCAAACUAAACCCAAGUUACAUCCAAUAUGUGUGGCCUAUGCAACACAGGUUCUGUUCAUCUUCCUUGUACUGGCACUGUAUUUUGCCUCAGUGAAAACUGGUGCACAGAUACUGUAGUAAAUGUAUUGCCUCCAUUUCCUGCUGUGAUCUCUGUUGUUGAAACCGGUAAUCAGAUGGUGGCUGAAUUUCUGUGGAUCAGCAACUUCCAAAAGUACAAGACAAUAAAUGGUAAAUCAUUUCUAAAGUAAAAAUAAUCGACUGCUCAGCUCUAAAUGUAUCCAAGUGAUAGCUGUCAUGGCCACCUUUUGCUUUAUAUCUUCAUCCUACCAUAGCCUGAUAUUUUAAUUUCCACCCUCUGUGGAAAAGCUCAAAAAAAGUCACUAGGUGCAAGUUCACAGUAAUAACGUUUGUGUUCUCUCUUCAACAUCUCCCCAACAUACAAACAAUUUGUUCUGUUGCUAUCACAAAUGCAUCUCAUUUCCAGUUUGAUUAAAUCUGUAGUCAGUAUUAUUGUGUCAUGAGUUUGAGAUGGACAAUUUUCAUUUCUUCAUUGCAAUAGCAUGCCUCAAAUGUAUACUAGUAAUACCUCUAACAAUACUGUAAAAAUCAGCACAGCAUUCAAUUGGUACCCAAACAACUGAGGCCACCAUCACACCAGAAUUACCUAUUGCAACUUACUUAUUUAUAGGGAUGAUGCCCAAGCCUAAUUCAAAGGUUGGAAUUGCCUGGCACUCAUUACUUUACUUUACAUUUCCAUAUUAAGUAGUGCACAAGAUAUCGCUGAUUGGGAAAAUCAUGUCUAGAGAAAUAAAACACAAACCAUGCUUAAAGCCAAGAUGCACUGUCACUUGAUUUUCCCAUCUUUAACCCCACACCCAUUUUAAUGCAGGUAGUGUUGCAAUUUAUCCAUGUAUUGGUACAAUAUCUGAAGUCCUUGGUUCUCUGCCACAGAGCAACUGAAGUAAUCUGUAGAAUGACCCUUCAGCACACAAACUAAAGGCUAACAUGGACAGGACAGCAAAUAACUUGUUCAUUUCCAAUAUUAAAAGCUAAAGUUAGCAGCUUGAGGGAACUGCAGGUUGAUAGCUAUUUUACCAUGAGAACCUCAUCAUCUUUUAUUACAGUUGGCAUUGCACAAUUUAACUAUCAUACAGAAAUUUAUUUUCUCAUUUGGCCAAGCUCUGUUGCUACUUGUGUCAGAUGUUUAUUUGUCUCAAAUUUAGUGAACAUCUGUGCUGUAGAUUUGCUAUUGGUUGCCUUAAUUUGUAGAUUCCAUUACUCAUUUCAGCAAGCAGCCAGAAAAACUUGUACUUGGAGUUCACAAACUGCACUAUAACUGUACAAAUGUAAAUUGAUAUUUGAUGAUUAGAAUUGUGAUGACUGUCAGAUUGCUUGAAAUGCAAUGGGCUCAACCUGUAAUAAGUGCUAAACAAAAGCACAUUUAUUUAGUUGAGGCAAGUGCUGGUUCAGCAGGUGUUGCUACUGUGAGUUUUUACACGUAGGGGGUAGUAAAUUGUAGAUUUUCAUACAGCUCCAAAAGAAAAUAUGGUAACAGAGGAAGGUUAUUCGCAUGCUGUGUGUAUCGGUGUUUCCUUCUACAACUGCUGAGCUAAUCUGUUUUAACCACUGAACUCAGACUACCCCAAAUGGAUGUUCUUAGCUAAAUUAUUUGUUACCUCAGGCUUGUAUCAAGUUGCUGUUUUGUCAGCUUGUUACAUUGAUGACGCAGUUUCACCUACUCAAUAAACAAAUUGCUAUUUAAAAAACUACAGUUGUCACUGCAGUACUCUGGAUAGUCUGCAGCAAAUGAGUCUCUUUCAUAACACAAGCUCAGUGAAAUGUGAGUAAUUUUGCUUCAUGUAGCAAACUGGACUUCAUGCAAAAGAAUGGAUGAGAAGGAAAAGGAUAGCUUCAGCAAUGGCUUACGACAUCUGAAUAAGACUAUAUGGCAGUUUGUACAUACAAUCUAGCCCAAUACUAUACUGAGGGAAUGCCACUCUAUUGCUUGUUAGAUAAACCAUUAAAUUCUUCUUUCAGUGGUUGCAUUUAAACUCAUCUUCCCUUGAAAAUUUUCAAACACAAGCUGGAACCAUUUGUCCAAAGAAGAAUAACAAUCAAUAUCUACAAAAACCACACUUCUUUGUCUGACUUAAAAGGUAAACAGUAAAUGGUUAAAAGUUUCAGGUUCUGUCUUGGAUUCAUGU